GUCGAGCAGAAGUCCAUCCCGAAAAGACAGCUGUAUCAGCGCGAUCGCGUUGGCGUCCGAGGAAGUGUCACACCACCAUGAUGUCGGCGCCGGGUAGAGGGUCAGCUUUGCUGAGGAGUUCGCAGAGAGUCUGCUCCCAGUGCGCUCGCCCAGCACCACCGACGAUACGAACAACACCACCUACCUUCCGACCCAUUCCCUCCCCGGCCAUCCGUUCCCUGACCUCCCGUCGCUACUACGCCGCCGAAGCGACCGCCGCCACGUCCACCUUCCAACCAACACCACCUCCUCCAGUAACCACCACCACCCCUGAACCCAGCCCAUCCGCCGGCUCCCACUACCGCAUCAAAUCCUCCCUGAUACUCACCCGGCCCCCCCUCCUGACGCGCGAGCAAACCCCGUUCGAGUCGGCCUUCUAUCUCUACCAGAAGCGCCUCAACGAGCGCCUCACCGCCCCGUUCCGCCGCGCCUUCUACUUCAAGCCCGACACGGCGGCCGACCUCGACUUCGGCAUCAAGCUGAAGGAGCGCCACGGCGUGCCCGCCAAGGACAUUGGCCGGUACAACCCGCGCAGCCGCAUGGGCUGGAACGACGAGGUGCUGGUGGGCAGCACGACGAGCGACCCGAACCACAUGGUGGAGCGGCUGCUGCGCGACGCCGAGGUCCGCGUGAGCGAGGACGGCGAGCCGAUCGCGACCGAGGAGAGGGUGCCUGUGGAGAGGCCCAUGCCUCGGAGGACCGAGGCGGAUGAGAAGCGCUUUGUGAAGAGGUUGGAUCGGGCGUUGGAUAGGACGCUGUACCUUGUGGUGAAGAGGGGGGAGGGCGAGCGGGCCGUGUGGGAGUUUCCUACGGGGGCGGUGCGGACGGAGGAGACGCUGCAUGAGACGGCCGCCCGCGUGCUGAGGGAGUCGGUCGGCGUCAACAUGAACACGUGGAUCGUCGGCCGCGUGCCUGUCGCGCACCACGUCGUCAAGCCCUUGCUGAGCCAUGGCGACGCCCCGUCGGUGCUGCAGCCCGGCGAAAAGACCUUCUUCCUCAAAGGCCGCAUCAUGGCCGGCCAGGCCGACCUCGCGGGGAACAAGCACGGCCUGACGGACUUCAAGUGGCUCACCCGCGAGGAACUCAAGGUGCUGCUGCGCAAAGAUUACUACCACAGCGUGCAGGGCAUGAUGGAGGUGAGGUAAAGCCGGCGAGAGGGAGUGACGGAGACUGGGAGCAUAGCAAGCGAGUGUGCUUCUCGCUGGGUUUGUGUUGACUGUAAUUUAGACAUGUAUGCUAUGUAUAAAUCAU